AUGCACACACGAUCACUUCUUGCCAUCCUGGCGACAGCUGGCCCGGCUGUGGUCGAAGCUCAGCUGAACAGCCUGGCCCGCGCCGCUGGUCUUGAGUACUUCGGCACCGCUUUAGGCGAGGGGCAGACCGGCGACUCGCAGUACAUGAGCAUUGCCUCAGAUACGGACGAGUUUGGCCAGCUGACCCCGGAGAACGGCCAAAAGUGGGACAGCGUUGAGCCCAACCAGGGCCAGUUCAACUACGACAACGGCGACAUUGUGCCCAAUGUAGCGGCCCGCAAUGGCCAGAUUCUCCGGUGCCACACUCUGACCUGGCACUCGCAGUUGCCUAGCUGGGUAUCCAGCCGCAGCUGGUCCCGAGAGGAACUCCAGUCUGUCAUCGAGGUCCACAUUGCCAAUGUCGUCGGCCACUACAAGGGCAAGUGCUACCACUGGGACGUCGUCAAUGAGGCGGCCGACGACAGCGGCGGCUGGCGCAGCAGCGUCUUCUACAAUACCCUGGGCACUGACUUCCUCCCCAUCUCCUUCAACGCUGCCAAGGCUGCCGACCCUGAUGCUGGCUUGUGGUACAACGACUACAACCUCGAGAUGCGGGGGCACCUCAUCGUCGGCACUACCCCCACCCGCGAGCAGCUCGCCGACACACUGCGCCGCUUCACCGCCCUCGGGGUCGACGUCGCCUACACGGAGCUGGACAUUCGCCACGAGUCUAUGCCACCCAGUGACCAGGCUCUCGCCACGCAGGGAGAUGACUAUGCCAACGUCGUCGGCUCGUGCCUCGACGUGGGAGGCUGCGUCGGCGUCACGGUCUGGGGCUACACGGACAAGUACUCGUGGAUACCCGGCACGUUCCCUGGCACGGGAGCUGCGCUGCUUUGGGAUGAGAACUUUAACAAGAAGCCUGCGUAUACUAGUGUCUCGAGCGUCUUGGCUGCGGCUGCGACGGCUGCGCCUUGA